AUGGCGCAAGCUGUGAGAUUGCUGAUGGGCAUUUUCACUUCUCGCGGGGAUGCGCGUGCAAUCGGCAACUCAGAGGAGGCUGGCGAGAACGUGGAGGAUCUGCCUGACUGCAAGGACAAGACUGGCAUCCCCCAUGGCCCCGAAGUGGAGCUUGCCAACGAGCCGGAAAAAGGUGCUCGCGGUGGGGAAGCAAACAAGGAAGCAGACAGCAACGCCGGUAGUUCGAUUUCCGAGGACAAGGUCAAGGACGUGUGCAACAAGGAGAACUCCCAAGAGAAGAAUGAGAAAAAUGAGAAGAACGAGAAGAAGGAUAAGAAGGACAAGAAAGACAAGAAGGACGCGUGGCAUUUGGCAAAAUCUGCCCGUGGGUGGUCGCCACAGGACAGCAGCAGCUGGAAAGAUGUGUGCCCGGAGGAGAAGGCUUCCGGUAGCGAGUCGCGCGCAGAUGUCUGGCGAAAGGCCGUAGCUGCCCGCGGCUGGACCCCUGAGGAAGGCUCGGCCUGGCCCGAUGAGGAGGACGACGAGCCGGAAAGCAGCGAAGAGGGCAGCGGCCAAACCGACACGAGCACAGCUCGUUCCACCAUCUCGAUGCUUUUGAACAUCUUCUCCUCUGCGGCCUCAGAGCACGAAGAAGAAGAGCGGCCGCCUCCUUCGCCAGAGCUGGAGGAGCUGCGGCGGGCAGUGCUGGCGGCAGAGGCCCUCUCGUCGGGCCAGCACUCCGAGCUCCUGGAACACGUCCGCGCGAAGCUGGAGGAGCUCGAAGCCGAGCUCGCGCGCGAUGUCAAGGUCCACAUCGUGAACGGCAUGAGUGGCGAGCUAGCUGCCGUGGUGAGAGCCCGGCCCGGUGAUACGGCCUUCCGCCUCAAGGAGGCAAUCCUGUCGGAGGGGAUUGUGAACUCUGAGGAGGAUGGCCUGUGCUCUAUCAACUUCCUGCACGGGGGCCAGCUGAUGGACGAGUCCAUGACUCUCUCGGAGGCCGGAAUCCGAGAUGGCGACCAGGUCCAGCUGGUUCGCAGCCCUUUGCGAUGCCUCACUGCGUCCUUGGAUGGCACCGUGCGCCUCUGGCAGCUGGACUCCAAGGCGACGGAUGAGACGAACCCUUUCAUUAGCUUCCGAGAGGAGGAGGCCCUGGAUAGCCAUGGGCCGGUCCUUUCCGCUUCCCUCGCGCCCGAUGGGCGGUCGCUGCUAACUGUGGCCGCAGGGGGCGAGGGCCAACUGUGGUGCGCGGAGACGGGCAGGGCCAUGGGAGAACUUCAGGGAGCCGCGGCCACUGGACAAUUCUGCCCUGGCGGCAGUCGCGUUGUGGGCUCGUCCAGCGACGAAGAAGCCAGGAUCUGGUGCGCCAGCACAGGCAAGUGCCUGCACACCCUACAGGGUCACAGUGGUGAAGUCAGAGCAGCGCGCUUCUCUCCGGACGGCAAGAUGGUGUUAACAGGUGCUGGGGACGGCCUGGCGGCCCUCUGGGCUGCCAGCAGUGGCCAGCGAAUCGCCACGCUGGAGGGCCACCUAGACACCGUGAAGAGUGUGGAUUUUUCCCCAUGCGGGCAGAUGGCAGUGACAGCCUCGGCAGACGGCACGGCGCGGGCAUGGGCCGUCCCUUCGGGAAAGCCUCUGCAGGUCUUCCGAGGACAUAGCAAAGCCAUUGGCUCGGUCAAGUUCUCGCCAGACGGCGACCGGAUUUUGACUGCGUCGGCCUUUGACGGAACGGCGCGGCUCUGGGAAGUGGCCAGUGGAACCUGUACGCUGGUGAUUCCUGGCGAUGGAAAGGUGGUGAAUGAUGCGGUCUUUUCGCCCGACGGCCAGAAGGUGCUGUUGGCCUCCGCCAGCGACAGCCUCCGCGUUUUCGGAGCUGAGGAUGGCGAAUGCGUUCUGACCCUUUCUGGGCAUGAAGAUUGGGUCAGAUCUGCAGCUUUCUCACCAGACGGGACCAUCAUCGGUUCGGCCUCCUACGACGGCACGGUUCGACUCUGGAGCGUGACGGGCAAGUGUCUGAAGGUUUUGGAAGGCCAUGACGGUGCUGUGAUCUCAGUGGCCUUCAUUGAGGGCUGA